UUGACAAGUAAAGUAAUGAUAAACUGAUAACAGAUGAUUUAGUUGCAAGAGUGGAUAAAAUAGUAAUUUUGUCAACAUUGCAACAAAAUAAAAAAUAAUCUUUAGUACUUUUACAUUCCUAAUAUAUGAUUUUAACUAAAUAUGGAGGAUAUGGCACGGUUAGCGGUUGUCGAGCAAGGUGUCAGAGACAUGGAUAAGUUUGGAUUAAUACUGCAAGAACUGCUAAGCAACAUAAAUAAUAUUUUAGAAAAUCCACACGAGAACAGCGCGAGAUUUUUGAAAAGUGAUCUCCUUAAAAAUGUUUGUGAUGAGUUAAGAGAUUAUCUUAAUUAUAUCGGAUUCCAGUGGGUUCACAAUGAAUUUGUAUUUUCAAAAGACGAAACAUUGAAUAAGCUAAGAUUAGCUAAGCUUGCAAUUGAAAAGAAAAUCACUUUCUGCUGUGGACCACAUAAAUUGAAACUGAGUAAUGUUAAAUGUAAAAUACCAAAAAAGCAAUAUAAAUUGAUGCCAGUUUAUAUUGGUACAUUAAAAAAUAAACUCUUAUUAACAAUUGAGAGCCUGUUUAAUAUUAUUUUAAACUAUGAAAAUGAGGAAUUACAGCAGUUAGCGAGAGAACAAAUUCCCAUAACAACUCUAGAGAUACGAGCUCUGGAAAGAAUGAGAGAACAUCAGAAGAAAAUAAAAACUGGGGAUAUAAAAGAGCAAGAUUUGCCAUAUGACAGAGCUUUAUUAAUGGAAUUGAUUUGGUGGUUCAAAUACAAAUACUUUCAGUGGGUGGAUGCUCCCGCAUGUGAAGAGUGUGAUGGGCCCACGCAAUUACUCCAACGUACUACUAUGAGUACUGAGACAGAAGUUUGUAAUGUUGAGAUAUACAAAUGUAAGGAAUGUGACUGUCAAACACGUUUCCCGCGCUACAAUGACGUGCGCGCGCUGAUGCGAACGCGACGUGGGCGGUGCGGCGAAUGGGCGAACUGCUUCACGAUGUUCUGCAGAGCGUUAGGAUACGACACGCGGUACGUGUACGACACGACGGAUCACGUGUGGUGUGAGGUCUUCGACUACGAGUCGAACAGCUGGUGUCACGUGGACCCGUGCGAAGCGGUGCUCGACACCCCACUCAUGUACAGCCACGGUUGGGGCAAGAAACUGUCUUACGUUAUAGCCGUGUCCCGCGAUGAUAUACAAGAUGUGACCUGGCGGUACACUAUGAAUCAUGCGGAGGUAUUGUCGCGUCGGAAACAAUGUACGGAACAAGAGUUGAUCUCUUGCAUAUUAUCGCUUCGUGAGAAACGGCAGGCGCAAGUAUCGGAGUCCAGGCGGAGGUACCUCGCCGUGAGGACACUGCGGGAACUGGUGCAAUUGAUGGUGGAGAGAAAGCCGAGUGACUUCGAAUCGCACGGUCGAAUAUCCGGCUCAGAGGAAUGGCGGACGCAGCGAGGAGAAAUUGGCCAAAAAUCCGGAUAUAUAUUUGAAUUCGCUACUCCGGGUGAAAUUAGUAUCCGGUACUACUGCAGCCCGGAUAGGUACCGGAUAAAUUGCGAUGGAACAGAAUCGACUGUUGACACGUGGGCCGCAGGCGUGUACGAGUGUAAAAACGUCUUUAGAAAAAUCGAGAAGGAUUGGCGCCAAGUUUAUUUAGCGAGGGAAGAGGGAGAAUCAUAUGGAAUGGUGUCGUGGAAGUUAACAGUGAAGGGGAGUUUAGUCUUUACAAAACUAUCCAUUCGCCUCACUUCUGCAGUUUAUGAGACUGGUAACAUUGUAUGGAGUUUACAAUUUGACGAACAACAACCUGUCAAUGUCAAAUUAGGAGAAUCGUCCACAGAGUAUGAAAAUCGAUUCCAAACACUAACAAUAACAGCUCAUCUUUCGGGUGGAGUUGGAGAUGUAUCCUGGCAACAUGCGCAAUUAUUCAGACAAUCUCUAGACACCAAAUCGAGCGCUUUUGAAAUAUGCACUUAUAUUAGUAAUUCAUGAACGGAUUUUAUUUAAAAUUAUAUAAAUGUAUCGACUAAUUAUAUUUAUCAAAUUAAAUAUUG